GUUUUUGUGGACAUUUGUGAAUACGGUUAAAAAAUAGAAAAAAGACCUCUGUAAAUUGUACCCUAUUUCACGAGUGUCCAUCAUGGUAGAAUGACAGCAAUUUAUCUAGUAAUGUCUCAAAAUUCCCCAUAUCGGCACAGGACACAUAAUUCUCACGAAUCCGUCAACGUCACGUAGUCAGACAAAUGCAAAAUCAAUGAUACCAUUUUGUCUUGGUGUUUUGUACGCUACAGCUUCAUUUUGUACUUAACAGCUCUUUUAUCUGAAAAAGUUCAUCUAAAACGUUUAGAACUUCCAAAUAUUAGAAGGAACAUUUCGUAUCAUACUCGAGUCUUGAACAAUACUUUCAAAACUUCUGUGCUUUAAAACUUACGAACAUGCAGAGCCUUCCAUCUACAGACCAAAAUGCUGAGGGUGUAAUCAUGGUGCAAAAAGACGCCAAAGAAUUACAAGGAGAUAUUCAAGACACUGUAGAAAAUGUUGUUUAUGUAUCCAGACACGUGAGAUUUUUACAUUAUGAGCCGUUGAAUAACAAACUGCCAUUAGGCAAUAAAGAGGCUGCGGAAGAAUUUGUAGAAGUGAUCAAUAGUGGUACAGAGAUGUCUCCACUUUUAAAAAACACUCCAAAUUUACAAUUUGAGAAUUGUCACUUGGAAAAACACGACCAGGAACUGGAGCAGUCAAGGCAAGUGACAGACAAGUUGAUGGAGUGCCAGAGUCUGUUCAAGAACUUAUGUGCUGACUUAAAAAAGACGAAAAAAAAUCAGCCUAUGAUCGUUCCAGGAGAUAUUCAAGACACUGUAGAAAAUGUUGUUUAUGUAUCCAGACACGUGAGAUUUUUACAUUAUCAGCCGUUGAAUAACAAACUGCCAUUAGGCAAUAAAGAGGCUGUGGAAGAAGUUGUAGAAGUGAUCAAUAGUGGUACAGAGAUGUCUCCACUUUUAAAAAACAGUCCAAAUUUACAAUUUGAGAAUUGUCAUUUGGAAAAACACGACCAGGAACUGGAGCAGUCAAGGCAAGUGACAGACGAGUUGGUGGAGUGCCAGAGUCGGUUCCAGAAAUUUUGUGCUGACUUGAGGAAAACAAAAAAUCAGCCUAUGAUCGUUCCAGAUCCAGCUCCAAGGGAAAUGACAACAAGCUCUAUCAAUUCAUCUGAACUGGAAUUUUGUGGUGACAAUUUACCUUCAUCUUCACCUUUAAUCUAACUGAGUUUAAAACUGGUUUCUACUUCACUACUAAUUAAUGUGUUCUACCUCACUAUUAUAUUAUUAGUUUUAAUUUCUUGUAAAAUUAAUGAUCCUCACUACAUAUAGUUUGUCUUUAUGGCAUAUAAAUAAAAACGUAUACAGCAGAUUUCUUAUGGCAAAUGGCUCAUGGUCAGAUUGGCUGGAAUUUUAGUAUGUUGUUCUCCAUACCAAUCUGACCAAUACCAUUACACCACAGCUUAUAUAACAAUUCCCUAAAACUCUCUCCUGUCACUGUCAAAAACGACCACCAUUUCGGCAGAGAAAGUCUAAUGUAAAUUCCCUAAUACAAUGGUGAAAGAGGAAAAGCGACGAAGUAUUGAUGACCAUUUAUGGAACUUCGUAUUGAAGAAUCAAUCAAUUCCAUUUUCAUUGUAAAAACCUGCAAUCAGACUUGACUCUGUUGCAAGGAUGCUUCUAUAGGGUGGCAAAUAUAUAACUGACUGAUUUAAAUUACGCGCCAUUGUUGAUACACGUAUUUCAGCAGGUGGCGCCGUAGUAGUUGUUUAAAGCACAUGUAUCCAAUUCAUCGUGGAUCGCUACACGAUCCCACAACGCGUCCGUAUUGUUAAAACUUUUUACCUAAAUAAUGUGCCCAGUGUCGACACCAUUCAUUAGUUGGUGAGGAAGUUUGAACAAACAGGUGAAGUUAAAGAUUUGCCAAGGUGUUCGGAAAAUAUAGAGAGAAUUCGUGAAAGUGUAUUGGAGCGCCCUGAGACGUCUACCAGAGAUCGUUCUCAAGAACUGGGUAUUCGCCGCACGUCAUUAUGUACUAUUAAAAAAAAAUUGCAUUUGCGGCCAUACAAAAUUCAAUUAACCCAAAAACUAAUGACCAUGAAUAUUGUAGCUUAAAACCCAAAGUAACCAUUUUUACCGACAACUGAUGACGAACGACGAAUCCCACUUCGAUAUGAACUGUCUUGUUAAUAAGUAGAAUUGUCUUAUC